AUGGAGAUGAAUUUCAGCUUGAAAUCGAUUCAGUACGCCGUUUUCGACGAGGGUGAUAGGCUGUUUGAAUUGGGAUUUUCGGAACAACUAACAGAACUGCUCCAUCGUUUGCCUCGCGAUCGUCAAACGUUGAUACUUUCUGCCACGUUACCAGGCAAUCUAAUCGAAUUCGCACGCGCUGGGCUCACAGAUCCUGUGCUGCUUCGGUUGGAUGUGGACAAAAAGCUGAGUCCCAAUCUCAAACUGGUUAACAUUGCUUGCCUUCCGGAGGAGAAAAACGCCGUGCUUCUUCAUCUACUAUCGGCUUCUGUUAAGAUAAAGGAAAAGGUCAUUGUUUUCUUCGCCACAAAACACCACGUCGAAUUUUUUCAAAUGUUGCUUACAGCUUCCGGAUUUUCCUGCUCUUCUAUCCACUCUGGCAUGGAUACUGCUGCUCGAAGCAGCUCUCUUCAUCAGUUUCACUCCGGGCACUUGCACGUCCUCUUGGUCACCGAUGUUGCUGCGCGUGGUGUAGAUAUACCACUUCUGGAUAAGGUUAUUAACUUCCACUUUCCACCACAGCCGAAGCUUUUCCUGCAUCGCGUCGGUCGUGUAGCGCGAAAUAACCGAUCUGGAUCAGCUCAUUCGCUUGUCGCUCCGGAUGAGCUCGCCUACUUGCUUGACGUAUUCGUAUUUUUGGGGAGAAGCCUCCAAACUGACGGACCUAUUCCCAUGAACUCCAUGAACGAUUACUUGGGUAGACCCCCUCGUAGUCUGCUAGGAGGAGCUUUGGGCAAUAUGGUGCAAACUCUGGUCAAUUGUAACGUCGAUUUGCGUUCAAUGAUCAAAACGUGUUUAAACUCCAUGAAGCGGUUUGUAGCAACUCGCCCGAAACCUUCAAGCGAGUCUGUCCGGCGAGCUAAAGAACUCCGUAGGAUGUUUCCGACGUUGCCGAUCCAUCCAAUUUUUCCCAAUUCGGAUGAUGAAGUUGAAAGUGGCAUUUUGUCGACCAUUCGAAGUGUCAAGCUCCCGACGAUCUUUGAAGCCCUUGGCCGCCAACAUAACACUGCAGCUUACGAUAUGAUGAAGAGGAAGCGACAGCUCCACUCUUCUAUCAUAUCUCGUCACGAGGCACGUCUACUGUGCAUUGAUAAAAAAGGAGCGAACAAGCCAUCUUUGCUCGAUCAAACAUGUAACCGGACAGGAAGCGCAUUGGUGGAUCCAACGAACGAUAAUCAAGAAGAUGAUCUUCGAAACCUUGAAUUGUUCAUCCCGUACAGCCGUGGUGACGAGGCUCAAGAACUCGGAUUGAGCGUAUCUGGCUCGAUAAACCGGUUCGCUGUGGAUGUGACCGCAGCCUCACUAACUUUGACUGAUGACAGUUUUGGCGCAGACAAGAGUUCCCACCCGUCUGCCACUCGAAGACAACUAUGGGAUCGAAAGCGAAAACGUUAUGUAGAUUCUCGAGCGACUGACGGUCAAGCCAAUCUGAAGAAAAUCAAAACAGAAAGUGGCGUAUGGAUUCCAGCAUCAUACAAAACGGAUAGGUGA